CCUGGAGCCUUAGUCACCAGUCUGAUGGACUUUCAGUUCACACUUUACACCCCAACACUUGAAUUGUUUCUGUACUGUUGACAAAGGAAAAAUGACCUCUACUCUAGGUCCCCCACCGCCGUACUACGAGAACCGGGGCUUCCAGCCGGAGCCGCUUUACGCUGCCAGGCUGGCAGCAGGUGCUAAUCCUUACCCCCAGCUCUUCUCCAGCCCUCCCUCCGUGCCAACCUACGUGCCCAGGGUUGCCACCCACCAGUCCAGCAGGCCAGCAGCACCCCCGCCCAGGAGAAGCUGUGCAGCCAGUCUACGGAAAACCAUAAUAAUAAUAUUAUCUAUAUUAAUAGUCAUUUGUUGUGCAAUUGCUGCUUUCUUCAUCUGGUAUUUUGUAGAGAAUCACUGUCUCAGCUCCCUGAUUGAGUGUGGAUCCUCAGGGGUGUGCAUGCCCCCCUCGCAGUGGUGUGAUGGAGUCAGCGACUGCCCCAACGGGGAGGAUGAGACCCGCUGUGUUAGACUUUUUGGACCAAAUUUUAUUCUGGAAGUUUAUUCACCUGUCAGCAAAUUCUGGUAUCCUGUUUGCCAAGAUGACUGGAAUGAUGAUUAUGGGAAGAUUGCAUGCAAAGACAUGGGCUACAGCGUGGAUACAUAUUUCUACAGUCGUGGGGUGGCCCCUGAAGUCAGCUUUAAGAGCUACAUGAAGUUGAACACGAGUGCUGGGAAUAUAGACUUGUACAAAAAGCUGUACACCAGUGGUUCCUGUGCCUCAGGAAAGGUGGUUUCUCUGCGCUGCAUAGAGUGUGGCCUGUCCAGCAAGAGCGUGAGCAUCAUGAACAGGAUCGUGGGGGGCAGCGGGGCCGUGCUGGGGCAGUGGCCGUGGCAGGUCAGCCUGCACGUGCAGGGCACCCACGUCUGCGGGGGCUCCAUCAUCACCCCACACUGGCUCGUGACAGCAGCACACUGUGUGGAAGGGCGACUGGCUGACCCACACAGCUGGAGGGUUUAUGCUGGGAUUCUGAAUCAGGAUGAGAUGCUUUUUAGAAGUGGAUACAAAGUGCAACAGAUAAUUUCCCACCCAGAUUAUGACACAGACUCUAAAGACAAUGAUGUUGCACUUAUGAAGCUGGAGACACCACUGAGUUUUACUGAAAGUGUGAGGCCAGUUUGUCUGCCCAAUCCAGGAAUGAUGUUCCAACCUAACCAGCAGUGCUGGAUAUCAGGGUGGGGAGCAGAGCACCAAGGAGGUAAAACAUCAAACAGCUUGAAUUACGUUGCAGUGCCCUUAAUAGAACAUUCAAGGUGUAAUGCUGUCUAUAUCUACAAUGGCAUGAUUCUGCCUACAAUGAUCUGUGCUGGAGACCUAGCAGGGGGAAUUGAUUCCUGUCAGGGUGACAGUGGAGGUCCUCUGGUGACUCACCACCACUCUGUGUGGUGGCUGGUUGGAGAUACCAGCUGGGGCACUGGCUGUGCCACUCCCAACAAACCUGGAGUGUACGGGAAUAUGACUGUGUUUACAGACUGGAUUUAUAAAAAUAUGCAGGCAAACAGAUGACAACAUUGCUAACUGAUGUUCCUGAGGACAAGAAUGAAUGAAGCCAUGGGGGCCUGGGAUAUUUAUUUACUUUGUGGUUGAUUUUAUUUUUCCUCUUUGAUUUUUCUUUUUAAAAGUAACAUGAAGGAUUACACACUUAGUUCUGUGCUGGCUACAGUGACAGAUCUUAAUCACUGAAGGAUUAUCACAAUGAGUACCUUUCUUUUCCUUGUGGUGCCUGGCAGAGUCAUUCUGUCAGCUGCUUGCUGAAAUGUCUCUCUUUUGUUGAAUAACUUUCACUUGAUGAUCAGGCUUAUAAUGACAAUUUCAAUCACAGUUUAAUUUCAGAUUUUCGUAGCAGGAUGCUGAGACAGUUGGUUUAGUAGUUUUAAAUUAAAUGUUAAGUAAUGUGAAUGUUGAAUCUCCGAGCUGCUGGUUGGCAUUUUAAAAAGAAAUUAAUGUUUUUUUAGUGUAGAAUUAUAAAAUGGUUUGGGUUGGAAGGGAACUUAAGGAUCAUCCACUUCCAACCCCGCUGCCAUGGGCAGGGACACCUUCCAAUAUCCCAGGUUGCUCAGAGCCCCAUCUAAACUGGCAUUAAACACUUCCAGGGCUGGACCAUCCUCAGCUUCCCUGGGCAACCUGCUCCAGUGCCUCACCACCCUCACAGGGAAGAAUUUCUCCCUAAAAUUUAAUAUAAAUGUGCCCUCUUUUAGUCUGAUGUCACUAGCCCUGGUCCUCUCACUCCAUGUCUUUGUCCAAAGUCCUUCUCCAGCUUUUUUCUAGGCUCAUUAGGGACUGGAAAAGGUGGUGAAGUUUCCUCAGAGCCUUCCAGAGGCUGAACAACCCCAGCUCUUUCAGCCUGUCUCCAUAGCAGAGGUGCUCCAGCCCUUGGAACACCUUUGUGACCUCUGGACUCACUCCAACAGGUCCCUGCUGGGGAAUCCCAGGGUCUCAGGACAGUAAGAGGGUGAGGAAUAUAUAUGAAGGGAAUUUUUCGUGCACUACAGUA